GAGAAAGCGACUUGACCUGACCCGGAAAUUGAAAUUCAGCAUUUGGAUUUGAAAUGAAACCGUUGUCUCCUACACCACACUUCUAUUCUCACUCUCUCAACCUUACACUCUCUUCUCUCCUAUUUUCAUUUUCAUUUCAUUUUAUUUUAUUUAAGAAUGAAUAAAAAAUAAUAAUAGAUAAAGCAUCAGCAUCACCAACAUCUUCUACAACAGUUUGAAUCUUUCGGAUCUUGUUGGUCGGAUUCGGAUCCCCCGUUCCCCAGAUCUCUGAACCCACGAUGCCAUUCGGCUCUUGAAGCUGACCCCUCAGCUUGGCUUGAUUGAUGGAUCCAAGCAACCUUUUACCAGCCAAUGGACUUGAAGAGGUCUACCAAAAUGGUGUUAAUGGCAAGUUGUCUAACUCUGAAAUGGAUGGUAUUGCCUCAAAUGUAGACCCUGCUGUCACUAAAAUUGCACAAACUGAAGCUCCAAAUGGAAUUUCUGAAAAUUUCGUCCAGUAUGAUAGCACUGCAACUGAUUACUCAUCCAAGGCAGAAAUCAAGGAAGGAUUAAAUGACUACAUAGGUGUGAACAAUGUCACCAUUUCUAAGGAAGAGGAAGCAGAAAUCGUAGAUCAGACAGACCAAUCAAAAGCAGGAAAAGGUCCUGUCAAGAGUAAGAAUGCAAAGUCACCAAGCCCCAGAGGUGUUCAUGCAAGUUCAAUUAAAAAGAACAAAGAUGGAAAAGGUGAAGAGGUAGCAUCUACUGUUUCCAAUGGUACUUUUGCUUCAGACUCCAUCCCAAGAGAGCAUAUUAAAAAUAGAUCAUUGACCGACAAGCAGGCUCGACUGUCGAAGCAUGCUGGGAAGUCUAGCGUGGCACCUUCUGAAGCAUCAAUGGAGAAGAACAGACCACGAUUAUCAAAGAAAGGGCCCCCUGAUAAUCUUAAUCUUCAAGGAGAAGCAGAAUCUUCUUCUCCUACUGCAGAAGAUGCAAAACCUCGCAGGGUAGGGAUGCUCCCAAAUUAUGGAUUCAGUUUCAAGUGUGAUGAGCGAGCUGAGAGAAGAAGAGAGUUCUACACUAAACUUGAGGAAAAGAUUCAUGCAAAGGAAGUGGAGGAGAGUAACCUGCAAGCGAAAACAAAGGAGACCCAGGAAGCUGAGAUUAAGAUGCUUAGAAAAAGUCUAGGAUUUAAAGCAACUCCAAUGCCAAGCUUCUACCAGGAGCCUCCUCCUCCUAGAGUAGAAUUUAAAAAGAUGCCCACUACAAGAGCUAAAUCUCCCAAACUUGGUCGUAAGAAGAGUUCAGUGGUUUCGGAGUCAGAAGGAAACACUAGCAAUAGUGUUCGACAAGGUCGAUUAAGUCUGGAUGAGAAAGUGUCUCAGACUAACCACACUAAAGGAGUUACUCUUGUUCAUCAAAAGAGGCCACAACGAAAGUCUCUUCCUCCUCGACUGACUUCUGAAAAGACCAGUUCAUCCAAUCAGGCAUCUAUUCGGACCCCAUCUAAGGCAGUGAAUGAUGACAAAACCUCGUUAUCAGGUGUAACAACUGAAGUUACCACCUUAUCCAUUUCAACUGGGGAAGAGAAAGUUGAAGCAGUCGCAGCCACUGAAGAGAGCAGUGUCUUAUUGGAUGAGACAAGUAAAACUCUGCCUCUGAUUGUAGAGCCAAGUGAAGCCAAGUCACCUGCUGUGAAUGGUGAUUUAGCCAUUGAAGAGAAACCGCAACAACUCACCUUGUCACAAGAACCCAUAGUGGCAGAGCUCUGAGCAAACAAAAGGAACAGGACCAAAUAUUAUUAACUAUCAGAUCAAUUGAUUCGACUCGCGAAUGUUAUAGAAGCAUAUGACUGAGAUUGCAGAAUUCCGUUGUGGUUUUUGAUGUCAUUUUGUCCAAUCAGCAUUGUUUCUUGUGUUUGCUCCUAAAGCUUGCUGGUUUUGUCCUUAUGAUUUUCUGCUCCUCUUGCAGCAAUAUAUGUAACCAUUUCUCAGGUUGUUUUUCUAGCUGAUGUUAUUUCAACAUGUAACCUUUGUCUGUUUAGUUAAUAUGUUGGCGAAAAUUUUGAGAUAGUUUGCCAUCAUCGGUGGCUCAGUUACAUUUUGAAACAAGCUGUGUCGUGCUUCAUGAGCCAUAUGAUUGUGGUACCGCUUUGCUGUGUUCUGCAUCGACUUUCACCUCUGGAUUCUACCUUGUAACCGCUUAUGCUCAAGCAACUCAAGCAAAUAAAUACUACUUUGUUACAUGUAGUUAAAGUUCA